GAGUCGGCGGUCGGGUGCGCAGAUGGGAGAGCGGGAGCCGCGCAGCGCGAGGACGGAUUUACAGCGUGCGGGUCCGCGCGGAGAAACAGUGCGGGAAAAAGUGCAGGAAAGAGCGCGGGAAGAAAUGAGCAUGCCAUAACCCAAAAGAUCACCAUCGUCUGAAGAAACCUCAAGAAACUUCUUGUAACCAAGGCCAAGGCUUGGACCAUAUUGUACAUCUGUCCACUGGGAUAGCUCCACCCUAUUCAUAUCUUUCCAUCCAUCCAUCCAUUCAUCUACUCAUUCAUCCAUUCACUCCAUUCAACGUCCCUUCCUUCCCCUCCCUCUCCCACCCUGGUACCCAUACAUUUUCACCCCCCAGUUUUGAUAGACCUUCACGCAGAAGGGAUGUCCAUCGCCCUCAAGCAAGUCUUCAACAAGGACAAGACCUUCCGGCCCAAGCGGAAGUUUGAGCCGGGCACGCAGCGCUUCGACCUGCACAAGAAAGCCCAGGCGUCGCUGCACUCGGGUGUGGACCUGCGGGCGGCCGUGCAGCUGCCGCCGGGCGAGGACCUGAAUGACUGGGUGGCGGUGCACGUGGUGGACUUCUUCAACCGCAUCAACCUCAUCUACGGCACCGUGUGCGAGUACUGCACGGAGAAGAGCUGCCCCGUCAUGUCCGGAGGACCACGGUACGAGUACCGCUGGCAGGACGAGCUCAAGUACAAGAAGCCCACGGCCCUGCCCGCUCCACAGUACAUGAACCUGCUGAUGGACUGGAUCGAGGUGCAGAUCAACAACGAGGACAUCUUCCCCACCUGUAUAGGAAUCCCGUUCCCUAAGAACUUCAUUCAGAUCUGUAAGAAGAUCCUGUGUCGACUGUUCCGGGUCUUCGUGCACGUCUACAUCCACCACUUCGACCGCAUGAUCCUGAUGGGAGCCGAGGCUCACGUCAACACCUGCUACAAGCACUUUUACUACUUCUGUACUGAACUCAACCUCAUAGACCGCAAAGAGCUGGAGCCACUGAAAGAGAUGACGUCACGGAUGUGCCAUUAACGGACGCCCAGGCUCGGCCCACAUGGAAGGGACACUAAAAGGACACUAAUAGGACAGUAAUGGAGCUGAGAGACGUGUCUCUCUCUCUCUGUCGCUGGAGAUUGAAUCUGAUUGGUUGCAGGUGGACGGAGGAGGUCCAGGCAGCAGCAGAGUGGACUGUGUAACCUGUGGGCAUUAGCGCUGAGUUGGACAGUGUUCUGGAAACCUGCUGAUGAAGUCUGAGGUCAUGAGAGAGUGAGAGAGAGGAAGUAGUGGAGAAAAGUAGUGCGAGCACCCUCCUCUUCACCCAGUACAUCUCCUGGAGCACGCUCACAAAGAUUAACACCACCACCUGCUGGCGAACAGCCGUGCACACACACACACACACACUCGCACACAUGCACUCGCACUGUGGGACUGAACUAAUCCUAAUCCACACGAUGGCGACGUAAACCAGUAAAAUGACUUGAAAGCGGUUGAAGAUGCUGCACUUCCUACCUGUGUUACCUGAGAACAGAAUCAGCUACUAUGCAACAAAUAAUGAGAUAAAUGGGGAUAGCUAUAUUUUUGUCUGAAAUAAUAUGUUUAUAGGUGACUUACUGUCUAAGAACUCAUCCUGACUGAUCUUUAAUUCCUUUAAUUCCAUAUUUUACUGAAUUUAAAUUGUGGUUAAUUAAUUUAACCCACUUUUUCUUACUCAAAGCUUUGAGAAUAAUGGUGUAUGUGUGUUUAAUCGUAACGAUUUAUGAAUUCGUGGUGUUUGGAGGAUGCCAAAUACUGUUUUAUUCCUAAUCUGAUGCAUCUAAAUGUGGAGCGGAAUGUGUUUACGGACUGUAUGACUUCACAUGUGAUUGGAUUUGCUGUAAUUUAGUCUUUAAAGAUGAUUUUAAUGAUAAUGGGUGAUUUUCAGUGGAUCAGUGGAUCUUUUGGUUCAGAAAUCAGGUGUUUAAACUACUAUUGUACUGCUUUCUUCUUCUUUAACAAAGCAAAUACAGGGAGAAGAGCAGGGUUUGUGAGUCCCAACUGCAAAUAUUUUUGGUAUUAGAAUUAUUCCAUAUCCUGUACACUUUACAAUUUGCAUUUAAUUUUUUAUAUUU